GGUCUGUCUUAGGCUGUAUGUCCUCCCACAUCUCCAGUGCUGAACAUGUCUAGCAGUAGGUCUGCGUCGAGUGCAAGUUCACGAUCUGAACCGUCUCGCCCAAAUUCCACCUCACCUCGAGUCCCGAGGAAAGUUGGAGGGAGCAGUGGAGUAGGACCUCGGAGUAAACCUGGAGUUACUCCAAACGGAACCCCGAAAACCGGGGAGGAAAGAAAUUACCAAGGAGCUCUGCCAGUAGUGGGCAGCUGGAGACAACCAAGAACACAACAAGUCCAGGUACCACAAGGAAGUCGUCAAGUGCGAGAGAUGGAGGGACUAGCAGUAGCCAGGGGUCACCAGUUCGGUCGGCUGCUGGAGAAGCAACGAGGCUGAAGAAAUCUCGGAGCCCCAGUCGCAGUCCGACGGGGGAAGAGGGGACGAGGAAGACCUCCGUAGUUGAGAAGAAAUCGAGUCCUCUGGCACAGAGGAAAGUGAUGAGUGGGGCUCCGGGGCCAAAGAGAACCAGCUCUGGUGGGGAAUUGAAAAGUCCUACUGGCAGUUCAACAGGAGGUGGGGCGAGGGGAGGGAGCAACCUACCGAGACCCGGUGGAACUGACAAAACUGGAGUCAAGAAAUCCAGUCCAAACUCAACACACCGACAGGUGACAUCGGGAAAGCCUCCCAGUGGAGCUCACACUACCACCAAUGGAAAUAGGUCAGGUUUGAGACAGCAACCCUCAGGGACUACUGGUCGAAGAACUCCCACCAAAGAGAGGGCAGGGCUCAGUAAUUGCAGAGAAAAGGCAGGCGGACUCAGUAAUGGGUCCCCGAAUGUAGCUACCGAGAAAGGAGGGGCAGCAGAAAGCCAAGGAGAGAGGGCGAGAAAAUGUAGCGGUGGUUCGACCGCAGGGAAAAGGACGGUGGUGAGCAGUGUUAAGAAAUCGGGAGGGACUGGUGGAAGAGCUAGUCCAGCAAGGGACAGGAAGACUAGUGUGGAGAAGAAACCGGUGGUCAAGAGUGCCGACAGCAGUCCAGCGACACUCAGGAGGGCCGGCUCUGUGAGGAGGCCGGGAGGAACCAGUAGCAGUAGUCCAGGAGUUGUUAGGAGAUCCAGCACUCUGAGGAGGACUGGGAGCAGUGGCAGCAUCCCUGUGAGCCAGAGACCUGCUAGAGAGAAGAAAGCCGACAGCGAGAGCCCAAAAAUCGAGCGGAGAGUCGGCAACGACAAGAAAACGGAGAGUGUGAGCCUCAAAACGACGGGGGCAAAGGGAGAGGUGAAACUGGGUGUGAAGACAGGGAAGACAGCCAGUCCGGGUGCUCGUGCUACAGAGUCAGGGAGGAGAGGGACAGGCGAGAGGGCGGGAGGAGGACCGAGUCGAGCUGGGAAACAGGUACCUGGUGCGACUGGGAUUAACCCAGCCGGGAGACGCUCGAUGCGAUCACGCUCUGAAAUCAACAUUGGCGGUGGGCCGAGGAAGAACGAUACUCAGAGCCUCGGGAGAAAGAUUUCUGCCACUUCUGCGAUUGGUCGCGGGUCUCCCUCGCCGAGCACCCUGGCAGGGAAGGCAAUCAUUCUGGACCACACUGGGCUGCAGGACGAGGACAGACUGCGAUCAACGCUCAAGCUGUUUGGCGCCAAAAGUGGUGCACCAGGUGCAAAGAAAACGAACAGGGGCCAGGUCAUCAAGAGUAUGGGUAUGGCCACUACCAGCAGUGGUAGAUCAACUCCCACUUGGAAGAAUCCACACUCUGCCAGUGGUGUGAAAUUAGGCAUGAUAAGAACAGGCUCCGGAAGCAGAACAGGCUCGAAGCAGAACUGGCUCUGUACCGACAAAAACUGGUCCCAAAUCCAACACCAACUCUAGACCACGGCUUCGAUCUUCGGAAGAUGUUCUGAAAGGUGGUCGACGUUCGCCGGCUGGCACAGCAGGGAAAGUUAGAGUCACCAGUCCUCUAUCUACGACCACUGUUGCUCCAAGACCUGAGAAGGAAUCCCAGGACCCAGAAGAGAAGGCAACUGAGGCUCUGGAGAAAACAGAGGAAAAAGGUUCAGAGAAAACGGAGGCAGAAAAUCCUGAACAGAGUGCAGAGGAUUCGGCCAAAUUGGAAGAGGCUUCAGAUGAAACAAAAGUCGCAGAAAUUGCAGUAGAGGAGAGUGAAGCCAAAAUAGCAGUGAAGACAGAAAUUCUGGAAAAGUCAGUUGAGACUGAGGCCCAGCCCACCAAGAUCGGUGGAGAGCUGAAAAUGUCUCCCGGUCUCAGAGGGUUCAAAGUAUCCCGACCGUCCUGCAGAGACUCACAAGUAAAGUCAAAGAUUGCCAACUGGAAGAAAAUAGAGGAGGAGGCAAGGGUUUCAGGCUCUCCCUCUCCCAUCCCACCCUCCCCAAGAUCCCCCUCGUCCACCUUCUCACAAGUCUCAUCUCCCACGUCUCACGCGACCUCUGACCCCCACACUGCUCCGAUGUCUCCACCAGCUUCUCCGAGAGCUACUCUGACUCCUCGCCGUUCCUCUGAGCCUCACUCCAGUAGUCGCAGUAGACAACGCAGUCAGAGCCCGUCUCCCAACUUACCAGUCAAGUCCAGGAUCGCCAUGUGGGCAGAGAAAGAGAGAGAGGCUAAAGAAAUCCGAUCGUCUCUUUCCCCGCAACGAUCUCCGACUCACUCCCCGACUAUUUCUCCACAGAGCUCUCCAAAAUCGACGCCGAGAGGUCUGAAAAGACAGAGCCCCGUGGACAAGACCCGCAGGAGUCCAGGGAGAAGUGCCGGGAACAGUCGUGAGGGGAGUGUGGAGAGUAAUGCACAGAGCCUUGCCAACAGUACGGAGAGCAGUUUGGAUGCAAGUCCGUCGCGUCAGCUACCCUCCAUCACCAUCAAAGAGGAGAAUGUGACAAACUCAUCUGUCAAGGAUGCCCCAACUGGUGAUGAGUAUGAGGAUGUGGAAGUUAGUCCAAAACGUCGCCUGUUACCAGAGAUCCCAGUCCAGGAGACUGCUAGUGUAGCUCAUAGUGCUCUGGCUGAGGAGGCUCUUUACUCCACCAUUCCCGACGUCUUCCACGAGGACACACCCCCUCGGAGGAACCUCGUUAACGAUGUAAUGAAGACGAGGUUGGCUGACGGAGAAAUGAAAGUGAUUGAUAUCGAAGACGAAAAUGAAGGCGUGGGAGUGAUUGGUACAGAGUACACCAGACCUGCUCCAGCUUACACUGAAAUAGACGUUCUGGAGGAUCCGAGAGUGGCUGAUGUGGUGUCUCAGAGUGUGGGUCCUGAAAUGACUCCCAAGAGCAAGCGACGCUGGCUUCGCUCCCCACGGUUCGGCCGCCGGAAAGGAAGUACAGAUGACGCACACUCGGAGGGAGCGGCCAGUGACAAGGAAGAGAAGAAAAGCGAGAAAGAGGAGAAAAAGAGCGAAAGUUUCAUGAAGAAAAUCAUUCGCAUCAAGUCUCGAUCUGGCAAAGAUAAACCAGCAGUCAACAAGAGAAGAUCAGCUGAAGCCACUGAGAGUGACAACAGCAGUUCUCCUGAACACACUCUCACGGAGUCGAGAAUUCGAUCCUCGAGUGAGCUCGCCUCAGACCAGUUGGCCCCGGAGGUCAUCCCAAGGUCAAAUUCCUACUCCACAUCCGCCAGUCCUGAAGUGGGGUACUCCCUCACCUCACACCAGAACCUCUCCUCUUCCUCCUCACAAAGAGUGGUGUCCUCUAAUCCGACACUGUCCGGGGAGUAUGGGACGGCCACGGAGAAGAACUUAGAUCCAGUGACGCAGCGAGUUGUGUCCAACCCUACACUCCAGACUGGCGCCUCUGGUGAACCGUCUUCAGGUGUGACAGGGAACUCAGAUGAACUCCUGGCUAGGCCAAAUGAUGUACAGCAGCGAAGGUCACAGGUACAAGCUAAUCAUGGUGCUCUGUCUCACGAACUUCGAAAUCUGAUUGACAACUUUGGGGAGGGGGGAUUCUGCGACGAAUACUCCAAGAAAGUGGUCUCACUCCAGGGGAAGAACGUGGUUGAGAAAGGCACAGGGAGUGCACCAGGCGGGCUUCGUCUGCCAGUGAGGUUCGAACUGACAGACUCCCCCAACCACGGGUCCAGUCACCCUAACUUGGUGUCGGUAGGGUUCUCACUGCCAGAUGAGUCAGGUGGCCCCACGGUAGCUAAUGGAGUAGGAGUGAGGGGUGGGCAGGAGAGUAAGGAAGGUUCUGACAGUAGCACAGCCAGUGAGGGAGAGGAGCAGGGGACUUGGGAGAAGGAAGAGGAGGAGGACACCAUUGAGUCCAGUCUUGACACUGGCAGAGCCACCAGAUAUGACAUCAAGAGAAAACUGAGUGAGAGCUCCGAUAAAGUACAGGCUGUUGAUCAGAACCCAGACAACCUGGUGGUCACGUCACUGAUGUAUGCAGACGCGGUGUGGGACAGAGUGGGGACGGAGAGUGACGAGCUCAGUUUUAAUGUUGGCGACGUCGUCGAGAUUCUGGACAUGUCUGACGACACCUGGUGGCAGGGGAAUGUCCAGGAGAAAUCUGGCUGGUUCCCCUCCUCCUUCGUCAGGUUGCGAGUAGCUCAGGAUGAAGAAGACGAGGUGUACUCAGUACCACCAGAUGCGGUGCAGAUGGUGGGGGCCACUCUACCUCGGAUAUCCACCAUGCCUGCUGGAGACCCGGCCUACGCCACCUACUCCAGAUCCUCUCACUCCAACAGAAGAAUGACCAUCAGGAGAAAGGAUUCCUGUCCCUCGUUGCCACGGAAACUGACCCCCACAGAGGUGAGGUCGAAGGUCGUGGAGGAGAUCAUAAACACGGAGAGAGACUACGUCAAACACCUGGAGGACAUUAUUGAGGGAUUCCUGAAGAAGUGUAGACUGAACAGUAAGUUAUUUGACCGGGAGAGCGUGGAGACGAUAUUCUCCAACCUGGAGAGUCUGUAUGAGUUCCAGCUUGACUUCCUGCACCAACUGGAGGCCAGGGUCAGCCCCCAUCACAUGGAGGACAGCCAGAUUGGAGAGGUCUUCGUCGCAUGUAGACGUGGGUUUGAGGUGUACUCUGAAUACUGCAACAACCAUCCACAUGCAGUCAACGAGAUGUGUGUCCUGCAAAAGAAGGAGCAAUACGCCUUUUUCUUUGAGAGCUGUCGACUGUUGAGAAAUCUACAGAACAUCCCACUGGAGGGGUUCCUACUCCUCCCAGUACAGAAGAUCUGCAAAUAUCCUCUCCAGCUAUCAGAGUUGCUCAAGUACACGAGUGAGGACCAUCCAGACAGAGCAGGAGUGGAGGCGGCUGUGGAGGCCAUGAGACUGGUGGCCACGCACAUCAACGAGGGAAAGAGACGACUGGAGAACAUCGGGAGGAUAGGGAAAUGGCAGGAGGGAAUCGAUGGCUGGAAGGGUCCAGAUAUAGUGGAAACCAGCACAGAGAUGAUCCACAGCAGCGAGCUGCACAAAAUCUCCAAAGGCCACUCUCAGGAGAGGCACUUCUUUCUCUUUGACAACCAACUCAUCUACUGCAAGAAGGAGGCAAUAGGAGGCAGGUUGAGUUACAAAGGGAGGUUAUCUAUGGACAAGUGUCAAAUCAUUGACCUACCUGACGGCCAAGAGACCCACAAUGGUCUCCCGGUGAGACAUGCCUGGAAGAUGGACAACAAGACAAAAGGGAAGGAUUACAUCAUCUUCUCCAAGUCUCCAGAGGUCAAAAGCAAGUGGAUGGACGCCUUUCGUCGAGAGAAAGAGAGAGUUGCGCAAGACAAGGCCUCAGGGUUCAGCGUGUCUCUGAAGAUGAAGAGAGCUGCAGCUGCCCUCUGUUCGUCCACCACCGCAGCCGUCAGCGCCGCCAAGAGGAGGAAGAGUUUCAACAAGAAACAAGUCCUCAGAGUCACUGCAUUAUCAGAGAGUGUUGACUCAGGCAUAAGAACUAAGAUCGAAGCUUCACCAGCACGCGAGAGAAAAGGAAAAUUCUCCAUAUUUUUUUAACCUUUUCUUGUGUCACUGAUGUUUGUCCAAUAUUUAUGUUCACAUCUCCUCCUGUUUUGCAACUCUUUCGAAAUGUGUCUCUCUUCCUCUCUUGCAUCAUCAUAUUUUUAUCAUUAUUGCCAUGUUCCCUUCUUGUAACGGUAUAUAUAGUGUUUUGACAUUAUAAACAUGGUGAACUGCCGGAAGAACAAUUAAUGACUAUGACUUCAUGUUCUACUGGUACGAUUGUUCUUGAUCUGUUUCCAUCUUCGAACCACUUUGGUCUGGCCUGUUCUGAUGGCUUCCCCUAACCCCCACUGGUACAGACAGGCAAAGAGGACUCCUCCCAGGUGACCGGCAUGAUCCAGUAUCUGCCACCCUCUCACUAGCCCCCAUACGUCUAGUGACACCACUCCCAUCAACACCUGUCGUAUAUAGUACACUUUGUGAACUCUAUUGCAAGAAGAAGAGGUUACUAACGAUGGGGGCAGGGAGGGGGAU